CAUCAUUUUGGUUUUGGGCAGAAAGAGAAUAGUGCUAAGCCAACCCCACUGCCAUGGUAACUGUUGCCUUCAAAAAAGAAAAAAAUCAAUCAAUUCUCUCUCUCUCUCUCUUUCCUUUCUUUUUUUUAACACUUUGAUCCAUUCACUUUCUCCUCUGCUUUUGCAAUUAAUGCACACACACCACCUUCACCAAUCCAAUAUUAAUAUUACUGCUCAACCCUCUCUGUUUUCCUUCUCUGCCUCUCUCUUUUGCCGUGUUUCCUCCGCUCGGAUCCUAUCCGUUUCUAUUUCCUGAAAAAGCUCAGAAAGCAACUCCAGAGUUUCACGUGAGAUCUACCAACAAAAGAAAGAAUCUUGUCCUUUUAUUUACACCGGAUGUCUUCGUUCUGGAGCUGAGCAAUGGGAGGUUGUGUUUCCACUAGUAGUAAGAGUACUUGUAGUAACAAAAGCAAUGGAGAUAAGUUUUCUCCGUCGUGCUGUGAUGUUGGAUUCCUCGGGCAAAAGUGUUGGAAAAGAACAUUCUCUGAUCAUGUUAUCGGUCUCCAGCAUUUGCCCUCCAUUCCCAACCGGAUUUUCAUGAAUGGAAAGAGUCAAACUUCCUGCAUAUUCACGCAGCAAGGUCGGAAGGGGAUAAACCAGGAUGCCAUGAUUGUUUGGGAAGAUUUCAUGUCAGAAGAUGCAAUCUUUUGUGGCGUAUUCGAUGGCCAUGGUCCACACGGCCACCUUGUUGCUCGCAAAGUUAGGGAUACCCUGCCAUUAAAGCUUCUAUCAUUCUUGCAUUCUCAGCAGUCUAGGGAAAAUGGGACAGGCAGGACCUGCCGCUGCUGCUGCUUCAGAGGGAAUUCAAUCAACUUGGAUGAAGAGUUUCAGAAAGUCUGCUCAGCCAAGGAAGAGCUAAAUUCAUUGUGGAAAGAAGCCUUCCUGAAGUCAUAUAAGUCCAUGGACAAGGAGCUGAGAUCUCAUCCAAAUUUGGAUUGCUUCUGCAGUGGCAGUACUGCAGUUACUAUUGUCAAACAGGGGUCAAAUCUUUUCAUGGGGUAUAUAGGGGAUUCUCGAGCAAUUAUGGGAUCCAAGGACAGUAGUGAUUCCAUGGUUGCAGUCCAGUUGACUAUUGAUUUAAAGCCUGAUCUGCCGAGGGAAGCCGAAAGGAUUAAACGAUGCAAAGGAAGGGUCUUUGCUUUGCAAGAUGAACCUGAAGUUCCCAGAGUAUGGUUGCCAUUUGAUGAUGCACCUGGCCUAGCAAUGGCUCGAGCCUUUGGGGAUUUCUGUUUGAAGGAGUAUGGAGUAAUUUCAACUCCUGAAUUCUCACAUCGAACACUUACAAAGAAAGAUCAGUUCAUAGUUCUUGCUUCUGAUGGGGUCUGGGAUGUCUUAAGCAACGAGGAGGUUGUUGAAAUAGUCUCCUCAGCUCCAACUCGGUCUUCGGCAGCAAGAAUUUUGGUUGAUUCAGCAGCUCGUGAAUGGAAACUCAAAUACCCAACUUCGAAGAUGGACGACUGUGCAGUAGUAUGCAUGUUUCUGGAUGGUAAAAUGGACUCUGAAUCGGACUAUGAAGAUCAGUGUUAUUCUUCAGCAACCCUUCAAAGUAACCAUUCUGGUAAUGCGGAUGAAUCAGAUGAUGGCCAAAAGUCAGAGCCAUCGCUGCAAAGGAACUUCACUGUAAGAUCAUCAGAAGAAAGUGAUCAUUAUGGAAGACUCCCAACUGAGUUUGAAGGGAAUGGUGAAGCUGCUGUAGCUGAAGAUCAAAACUGGUUAGGCUUGGAAGGUGUAACUAGAGUCAACUCCCUUGUUCAGCUACCAAGAUUUUCUGAGGAAAGGCCAACUUCUUAAAAAUUUUGAUACUUGAUCUGUACAAAUGAAAUGGGAAUUUUUUUUUUGGUAAUAUGCGUUUCAUUUUCAGCCUCAAAAUUCUACCCAAAAGGCUGAAAAUCAUUUCAAAUGAUUGGCCCAAAACUCACAAGCUUUGUUUAGCUCCUUCAUCAACAAAAUCAAUUUGUUUGUUGAACUUGCACAAAAUUUGUUUGUUUCCUUCAUGUCAGGUGAAGUGACUCACUACAUUUAUGUUCAUAUCUUUGCAAAUUGUACUUAGUCUUUGGUUGAAAUUUUAGCUAUCUUCAUCUGGGUA